UUAAACACACUGACACACUUCUGACACUCUCCAACUUCACUCCUUCCCUCUCUUCUCUCUAAGGAGUAAGGCUUAAGGCAGGUCUCUUAUUCACAUUUAGAUCCAGAAAGUAGAAGAAGAAUACUUCAAGCAGCUACCUUCCUUUCUGUUUCUUGGGACCUGUUAUUCUGACAUGAAGAUGGGGAGUUGUCGAAAACUGUGAUUAGCAGUAUGCACAGAUGCUAUUAUGUUUGCGUGAAAGCGUAGACAUUUUCUGAUAUUUUGUGUUUAGAAAAAAGUGGGAUUUGGAAAUGGAAGAGAUACAAUCUCAAUCGGAUAAUUACAGAUCUUCUUCGUCUUCAGCAAGUAGUCCUGCAAGUAGGGUGCCAUCAAGUAACUUCUUCUACUUGCGGAAGCCUGGUUCAGUUAGACAACCUAUCUCAUUUGAGGAUUCACCUGAGUGGGAGGAUACCGAUAUUGACGUUAGGGUGGAGGAAGGAGGUGACUCUAUCAAUGUUGCUAUUACACCAGCAUCCCCAUCUUUGUCAAAGCUUAAUAGUGGGUCAUUGCCAUCCCCACCAUUACCAGAGCGUGCAGUUGUUGCAAGAAAAAUUGCAGGGGCUUCUGUUGUUUGGAAAGACUUGACUGUUACAAUCAAAGGGAAAAGGAAGUACUCAGACAAAGUUGUCAAGAGCUCAAGUGGUUAUGCAUUGCCUGGGACGAUGACAGUCAUCAUGGGUCCUGCAAAAUCAGGGAAAUCCACGUUGCUAAGGGCUAUUGCAGGGAGGUUGCAUCAUUCAGCUAGAAUGUAUGGUGAGAUUUUUGUCAAUGGUGCAAAAUCACGCAUGCGUUAUGGCACAUAUGGUUUUGUUGAGAGGGAAACUACUCUGAUAGGAUCUCUCACUGUCAGAGAAUACUUGUACUACUCCGCACUGCUUCAACUUCCUGGCUUCUUCUGCCAGAAAAAGAGUGUGGUAGAGGAUGCCAUCCAUGCCAUGUCUUUGAGUGAUUAUGCAAACAAACUGAUUGGAGGACAUUGUUAUUUUAAGGGCCUUCCAAGUGGCGAGCGAAGGCGUAUAAGCAUUGCCCGGGAGCUUGUGAUGAGGCCACACGUAUUAUUUAUAGAUGAACCUCUCUAUCAUCUUGACAGUGUCUCUACCCUUCUGAUGAUGGUUACAUUAAAGAAACUUGCUAGCACUGGGUGCACUCUAAUCUUUACCAUUUACCAGAGCAGCACAGAAGUGUUUGGUCUCUUUGAUCGGAUCUGCCUGCUUUCAAAUGGAAAUACCUUAUUUUUUGGAGAAACAUUGGCCUGCUUGCAACACUUCUCGAAUGCUGGAUUUCCUUGCCCAAUUAUGCAAAGUCCUUCUGAUCACUUCUUACGUGCAAUAAACACGGAUUUUGACAGGAUCAUUGCAAUGUGCAAAAAUUGGCAGGAUGACCAUGGAGAUUUUUCAUCAGUGAACAUGGACACCGCUGUUGCCAUACGUACCCUAGAAGCAACCUAUAAAUCAUCAGCUGAUGCUGCUGCAGUUGAAACUAUGAUAUUGAAACUCACUGAAAGGGAAGGUCCACUUCUUAAAAGCAAGGGAAAAGCUGGCAUUGCUACAAGGGUUGCUGUUUUGACUUGGAGAUCUUUGCUAGUUAUGUCAAGGGAAUGGAAAUACUACUGGCUUCGCCUUAUUCUCUAUAUGCUCCUUUCUCUCUGUAUUGGUACAGUAUUCUCAGGCUUGAGGCAUUCUUUGUCUUCAGUUGUGACAAGGGUUGCAGCUAUAUUUGUAUUUGUCUCAUUUACUUCACUUCUAAGCAUAGCGGGUGUACCUGCGCUGUUGAAGGAAAUUAAGAUAUUUGCAUGUGAAGAAUCAAAUAGGCAUUCAGGAGCACUUGUCUUUUUACUUGGGCAACUUAUAUCCAGCAUACCAUUCCUCUUUCUCAUCUCCAUUUCAUCAAGUCUUGUCUUCUAUUUCCUCGUAGGCUUGCAAGACGGAUUUAGCUUGUUGAUGUACUUUGUUUUGAAUUUCUUCGUGUGCCUCUUGGUAAAUGAAGGACUAAUGCUGCUUAUCACUUCCCUUUGGCAACAUGUUUUCUGGAGUGUAUUAACAAUGGUGUUCAUACAUGUUGUAAUGAUGCUUUCUGCGGGGUAUUUUAGAAUUCGAAGUGCCUUGCCAGGACCAGUGUGGACAUAUCCAGUAUCCUAUAUUGCUUUUCACACUUACUCUAUUCAGGGGCUUUUGGAGAACGAGUACCUGAGAACUUCGUUUGCUGUCGGGCAAGUAAGGACCAUUUCAGGAUUGCAGGCACUCCGUAGUGCAUAUGACAUCUCUCCUGAUCGUAAUUCCAAAUGGGAGAAUUUGUUGGUGUUGUUUCUCAUGGCAAUUGGCUAUCGCAUUCUUGUGUUUGUUGUACUGCAUUUUUGUGUAGGGAAACAUGUAUCCAUACUAAAGUGUUGCCGGUGUAAUCGGGAUACAGACAAUCCUAGAUGAAUGGAAAUUGUACUGCCACUUCUGUGCAACUAAUCUGUUUUUGUCUCCCUAUUUCAGUUUUACUGUUAGAAACAAAAGAACGAAUUCAGUUAAAGAAAGAAAGCAUUGGUCACAAUAA